AUGAUCGACCUUAUGUUGGCGAGGCCUGUCGGCCGAUCUGCCAUAGAUGAACGGAGCACAAAAAUGCUUGUAAAGGCAGCUGGAUCGAACUACCAGACACAUUCUGUAGCCACGCCCUCUCCAGUGAAGGGGAUUCGUAAGCCAGCAGGUCAGACAUGUGCUUACUGCCGAGCCGUUAGAGCUCUUCGUUCUUUCCAGCGCGUGCUUAAUCACGAACGCCAAUCGCUAUCAGCGAGCCAUUAUUCCCAGUCUCCCGCUAACCACUGUCACACAUAUUUGGGGGAGGAUGAUGAAGACAAUGAAUUGACUGAUAUGCGUCAUCAGAUUGAGGACACCGGUACAGGAGUGGCACUUGGCAAUCCCCUUGUCGUUUGCCUUUCAAUCGUCUGCCACCAACUGACCAAACUAGAUACAGGGCUUGGUCGGGAAACCGAUGAAUCCGGCUCAAGCCCAAUAAAAUGGUCGCAAGACUCCAGGAGCUUGGAGCAGCUAGUACGGUUAAUGGGCAAGGAACUUUUGUGA